AUGAGUGAGGACCUGGAGGAUUUUGAAGUUCUUUUAACCGACGAUUUUAGCUCUACACAGUUUUGUAAUGAUAUCUUGGUGACGGUCAAUGGACAACCUGGCACCGAUGAGCUCGAUUUAGGGACUCCACUGAAGAAACUGCGCUAUGAUUUGAAUGAGAUCAAUUUAAUGAUCGAAGAGACACUCAAGAAUAAUCCAACCAAUGUAAUAGAUCAAAUGUACAGAGGCAAGGCAGUAAGAAAUGUAACCCAGAGAGGCCUGGCUUCAAGCUUAGAGUACCUGGAUAUUUCAUAUCAAAGAGUACAGAGAGAAGUGAUACAACCUUUUGAGAGGGCACAAAGCUUGCAGAAUGUUCUUAGCAAAGUCCAUCAGACAUCAAUCCUCUUGCGUGAUGGAUUGGUAGUCAUGCAUCUGACAGGAAGAUUGCAGAUGAUCACUGGGAGACGGAAACCCUGGUCCAUUGAUACUAUGGUCGAAUUGGCUGCAGUUUAUUCCCAGAUCGACGCCAGUUUGAGGGAAAAUGCGAAUCUGAAGUCACUCAAAUUAAUCAAGCAAUUAGAAUCAGACACAAUUUUGCCCACUAGAAAAGAGCUUUUAAGCCUGCUGUCUAUUGCGCUGACCAACGCUCUGACCGCUGCAGAUGAAAAUCUGGAGAAUCAGGCUGAUAUAUCGAAGCUAGCAGAAGCUCUACACACAAUGUCGUCGAGGGAGUUCACCUCUACAGUGCAGAAAGCGGUGCUUUCCUUCGUGGCGAAGAGCAUUCAAGUGCUCUCGAAAACAUUAAACUCUAUAAAAAACUUCCCAUUAGCAUUUGGUGAAGUCGUGAGGAGGGGAACCAUAAUUCGCAAGAUUGAGCAAGUUUUACAGAACGUGAAGUUCGAAGAAACAAAUUUGCUGGCGAUUUUUAUCUCUAGGUCGACCCCCAAAAGCGUCAAACCAAAUCGCCUUUACUGGGAGAAAGUUUCGGAUGCCUUCAGGAGGGAAUUUGAGGUCUCCUUCAGCCGGGGCGGCCCAGUAGGGAAGCUUUUAUCGCGAAAUAGCGACAUGAUAGUCGAUACGAUAAAGCAAAAAAUGACAGAUCCGCAUAACCAUGGCGGCGAUCCACAAUUGGUCGAUCUAAUGCUGCAAUCCGUGUCGAUUGCCCGUUCAUAA